UCCAUAUUUACCUACUGUCUCUCAGGCGGAUCGAAAUUGCUACCCGUGGAUUAUGUAAUUCCAAUGGACGGUUUAGAUUCAACUCACCAUCCACUUAUCUGGCAAUAAAAGGCGCACCCACCUUCCCUUCAACCCACCGCGAAUUUUCUGAGUUCCCUCUCUCAAGUUUGAAGUUUUCAUAUUACCGAUCUGCAAAAAUGUCAGGCCGUGGUAAGGGCGGUAAAGGAUUGGGGAAGGGCGGAGCCAAGCGUCACAGGAAGGUCCUUCGCGACAACAUCCAGGGCAUCACUAAGCCCGCCAUUCGCCGUUUGGCUCGCAGAGGCGGCGUGAAGCGUAUCUCCGGCCUCAUCUAUGAAGAAACCAGAGGAGUUCUCAAAAUCUUCCUCGAGAAUGUUAUCAGAGACGCCGUCACCUACACUGAGCACGCUCGUAGGAAAACUGUGACAGCGAUGGAUGUCGUCUAUGCCCUCAAGAGGCAGGGAAGGACCUUGUACGGAUUCGGAGGGUAGAGAUUUGCGGAAAUUCAAUGUUCAUCUGAUCUUAAUGGAAAUGAAUUUAGCUGCUUGAUUUCGAUUUAGCUGCUUGAUUUCGAAGCUGUAGUUAGUUAUCUUACCUCUGUAUUGUGUUUGAUGAAUCAGAACUUCUGUAUCUGUUUCAACAGUUAUAUGAAGCGAUACUUUUUCUUAUAUCUCCGUCUUCUUCUCGUUUCUAUCAGAUUUGAUAUGUUUGGGUGAUUCAAUCAGGUUUUAAUUUCAAUUGAUGAUAUUUUUGCGCAUUUUGCGUAACUGUUACUUUCUA